ACCUCAGUCAGUACGGUGUACAAAAGUAAGGUAGUCGGGUGACUAAUUGCGCCGCGUGUAUUACACAGCGCUGAGAUAAUGAUUUCACAUGGUGUAUGAAAGCAUGAAGCAUGGCGUUAUGGUUGGGGUUAGUACGUACCUUAGAAAUGAUACUACCUUAGGUAGUAGCAAGGACGGAGAAUACUAGGUAGUAAUGACGGAAACUGUGGGGAGUGGGGGACUUGGGAAGGGAAGAAAAAAAAAAGAAAGGGUAUAUAUAUAUGCGUGUGGAAUGUCCCUUUUGGAAAAGAAGGAAAGGGUUGGUUUGGAUAUGAAGGGUUGAAAGGAAAUACUUAUCUACUUACCUGCCUGCCUGCUUGCCUAGACCUACCUUGUUAUAUUCACUACCAAGAACCCAAGGUACAAAGGUAAAUAGUGAACGGGGCCUGCAGCUAUAUAAGACAUAUCAGUGUAUCACUUGGACGAAAGAACAGAUAUCGAACCUCGCUAUGACAGGAGGCAAAACGAUAGUCAUCAUCGGCGGAUCGUUCGCCGGCAUUGGCACCGCCCACGGGAUCCUCAAAGCAGCCCCCGGCAGCAGAGUCGUGCUCAUCAACCCGUCGGACAAAUUCUACUUCAACAUCGCGGCGCCUCGGCUUCUUGUGCACCCCGAUGCUCUGGACAUCGACGCCGUGCUGCUGCCCAUUGCAGAGAAAUUCGCAAAAUACGACAAAGGCGCCUUUGAACUGGUAGUCGGAUUAGCAACCUCCAUUGACGAACACGCCAAGGCAGUCCAAGUCUCGCUAUCAGAUUCCCAGACCACCCGGACCAUCUCGUAUGACUAUCUAGUCAUCGCCUCGGGCAGCACCACGGCGGGCACAGUCAGCGAAGUCCCAAUCCCGUUCAAAGAGACUGGCACAAAUGAUCUCAAGGAGCGCAUUCAAAAGGCUCAACGCAUGAUUGCCAAGGCCCAGAGCAUCUUAAUCGCCGGUGCUGGUCCCGUGGGUGUCGAAACGGCAGGGGAACUUGCAGAUGGCGAUGGCAAAGGCGGCGGGAAAAGGAAGAUAAGCCUGGUGUCUCGCACUCCACACGUACUGCCCAUGCUCAAAGAAGGCGCGGGCAUUGCUGCUGAAAAGGCCUUGAGCAAGGCUGGCGUGGAACUCUUGCUCUCGACAUCCGUCGAGUCUGCGCGCUUCAACAAGUCCUCGAACAAGUGGAUCAUCACUCUGGCAGAUGGCCACACGCGUGAAGUCGACUUGUACAUCUCCGCGGCGGGCACCUUGCCGAAUAGCAGCUUUGUGCCGAAGCAGUACCUUUCGUCCGACGGUUGGGUCAAAGUCGACGAGACCAUGCAUGCGGUGACGGAUAGUCAUACACCGUCGACUUCCAUUUACGCGCUUGGAGAUAUCACGAUUCAUCCGGCAAGAUUGUCGUUCAAAGCCGCGGGCCAAGUGCCGAUCGUGGUGGCCAAUUUAAAGGCAGAUAUUGAUGGUCUCGCCGGCAAGAAGAAGGAGUAUAGGCCAUCGUCCACAAUCAUGAUGGCGGUCCCAAUUGGAAAGAAUGGAGGUGUCGGCCAGUUGGGAAGCUUUCUCAUGUGGAGCUUCUUCGUCUGGUUCAUGAAGGGAAGAGAUUAUUUCGUGUCGAAAGCGCCAAGUUUUGUUUCGGGGUAGAUUGAACUGGGGGGAUUUGUGUUUGCUUUGACUGGAUGGUUUACGAACUCGUUGUGUAAGCUGCAUGGCUGAUGAUUUGCGUUAUAUUUUUAUAUUGUUGAUAUCCUGGCAAGGCCGCAUGGCAUUGACUAAUUACUGGAGAGCUGACUUCUUUCUGAGUUGUGGUUUUUGCUCAAUUAGUACAUUUACAUUCUUCUGCUGGUUUACAUUAAUACAUUCU